GGAUCUCCGGAUGCAGCGGCUGCAAUCCGCCCCCUGAACCGGCAAGUUUCAGCCCAAUGGAAGGGUCCCGAGACCGGUGGGACAACCAUCCGAAUUACGGGCGACAAGUUUGAUAUGAAGAAUGGCGUUACGGUGAAAGUGGGUGGGAAGAAUGCCACAAGCGUAAAUGUCCCCAGUAAAAUGGAGAUUACGGCAGUAACACCGUCGGGGAUGGCAGGCGAAUCGGUUUCAGUUGUUGUCACCAACAACGGCAACACGAAACCGGAGGGCACUGUCACAAUGAGCCAGCAGUUCGCCUACACCGACGCAACCGCCCCAACAAUCACGGGCACCAGUCCUGCAGAUGGAAUGGUCAUAUCGGAGUAUGAAGAUUCGUUGAGUGUGAGUGUUCCUGUCUCAAUCACCUUCAGCGAGGAUGUCGAUAGCGCAUCUGGCUCUUUAACCGUUUCCGUUGAGUCAACACCAGAUUCGGGUACACAACAAUCUGGCGAGAUCGCUGGCACUGUUUCUGGCAGCGGAAACACAAUUAUGUUUACUCCCAACGAACCGUAUCGGUCAGGGCGUAUGUACACUGUCAACAUAUCAGGUGUCAAAGACACCGCCGCUGCGGGUAAUACCCUUGCGUCGGGCAGCACCUUUAGCUUUACAAUCGCUAACCCAGAGAAAGUCGACCGAUACCUCGUAAAGGAAGGCGAUACGCUUCCAAUCAUUGCUUCGCGUCCAGAGGUAUAUGACAACGAGGAACUUUGGUCCCGACUCGCUGAAGCAAAUCAGGAUGACUACGAUUUCGAUCGUGCGCGACUCUAUCCAGGACGGCAAUGGUUGUGGGUGCCGCGUGGAUCCGCAUGGGGAGAUUAA